AUGUCCACCUCCACCUCCACUCAAACCAACAAAUCAAUCCUCUUUAUCUCCGCCACAGGCGGUAUCGCCCUCGCAACCCUUCGCAGGUGUCUCGCCUCUUCCAACCCUUCCAACCAGCCAAACCAGACACUAAACCAUCCAUCCCUCACCAUAACCGUCCUCGCCCGUUCUCCCUCCCGCCUCCAAUCCCUCCUCACACCAACCGAGCUCUCCUCCCCUUCGCUACGCAUCAUCCAAGGCAACGCCCACUCCUCUUCCGACCUUGUUCCGCUUCUCACCCAUCUCUCCGACCCAACGACGCUGGUCGAUAUCGUGAUCACUUCCAUCGGCGGCAAACCUGAUCUGAAGAAGCUAGGCAUCGACGAUCCGCACGUCUGCGAAACUGGUGCUCGUGCGCUGCUUUCCGCGCUGGACCAAGUCCGCCGGGCUUCCCUCCAUGUCCCCAACCCAGCUUCGGUUUGUGGAAACAGCUCUUCAAGCAGGGAAGUGGAAGCAAAGAGAAAACAUAAACCCUACAUAAUCACCCUCAGCGCCGCCGGCGCCUCUACCGUCCACAGGGAUUACCCCCUCCCUCUCUACCCGCUCUAUGCGCUCCUUCUCAGAAACCCCCUCAAGGACAAGAGGGCCAUGGAGAACGUUUUUGUAGAGAGUGACGAAAAGAGAUGGACGGUGGUUAGGCCUAGUAUGUUGACUGAGGGGCCAGAAAUUGGACUGGAAAAAGUCAGGAUUGGAGUGGAAGAUUUGCAAAGAAAAAAGUUGGAGGGUGGAAAGGUGGUUGGGUAUACGAUUUCUAGAGAGGAUACUGGGGUUUGGAUCUUUGAGAGGCUGGUGGUUGGUCAUGAUGGGGAGAAGUAUCUGGGGAAGGCGUUGACAGUUACUUACUAA